AUGCCUUCUGAUUGGAAACCAUCAUUAUAUAGUAAAGCAACGCCCACAACCUCUCUAGCACAGCUCGAUCAAAGCAUAACAUCAUCGGUGAUCAAUAAUAUCAGCACGAUUCCUAUCAAUAACAAGCAUAAUACAUUCCUUAAUACCAGCCUUACUGCUACCAUUCAAACAAUUAAUUACCCUCAAAGCCCGAAGAAAACACAACCGGAACACGCCGACAUUAUGAUGCCAUCAAAACAACCUGCAUUUAGAGACACUGCAGCCAUUCAAGUUAUUGAAACAAAAGUUCAGGAAAUUGAGGCCGAACGAAGAAAGCUUGCUAUCGAAUGUGAUACUCUCAAAUCGGAAAAUAGAUGGUACCGAAAGAAAUUAACUGAGAUGGAGUCAACUUUGCGAGCAACGGAAGAAAAACAUGAACUCGUGAAACGAUCCCACGAAGAGCAACAAAUUGCACUUGCCACUCUUGAAAAGAGUUUGAACGAAUGUAAAAAGAAGGAAAAGAAACGUCACCACAAGCAUGAACAGAAAAAACAACAAAUCCAGCAAACCACAGAAGAAAUUGUUGCUCUCAAAGAGAAGCUUGAAAGAAAAGAAACUAGAGUUAAAGCAUUGGAAAUUGAAACAGAUUAUUUACAAAAACAACUAGAGGAAAUACGUGACAAAAACUUUGAACAAAAAAUUAAGAAAUACGAAACUGAUUUAUACAAUGAAAAAUUGGAGAAGGAAAUGGCACAAGAACGAGUAAAAUCUCUCGAAAAAGAAAAAGAAAAAUUGGAAGGAGAAAUUUUUGAAACUAGGUUGCGAUGCGAAAAGGGAGCCACCGAUAUUGACAUUCUCAAAAAGCGGGAACAAGAGGGCCAACACCAAGUAACAUCUCUCAUCACUGAAAACACCAGCCUCAAGGACAAGAUAUCAUUUUUGGAGCAAAAAUUGAACAAGUAUAAGAGAAGUGUCAAACAACACACAGCAACCAUUGAAAAGCUUCAAUCCAAGCAGAAAGAUCCACUCUCUUUCAACGCUUGGGUUCAAACUGAGGAGUCAUUUCCAUCAUUCGAGCAUGUUCGUUCGAGAGAUGAAACCAUAACCGCUCUCAACAGCCAGCUUGAUGAUGUAGAGGAGAAGAAUCGUCAGCUUAAAUCUCAACUCGAGUACUAUAUAUCACAAGUCGAGACCAACUCCAAUUUCAAUGAUGACCUUUUGAGAGAAAAUCAAAAUUUAAAGAACGUUUUGAAUGACAUGAACAGGUCCAGAGCGAAGGACGAACAACGACUACGAAUGUUAGAACGAGAGUUGGAAAUUAAGGACGCAGAGAUUGAGAAGAGAAACAAAUUUAUUCGAAGGAUGAACGAUUCUUCGUUUCAUUAUUCCUCGAAUGAGUUGUAUGAUUGA